GGGCUGGGCGGGGUGGGCAAGGUGCCGGGUUUCCCGCGGUCUGAGCUGGAGGGGCGGAGGCGCGUCGCUCUUAAAGGGCCAGCCAGCGCGCGUCCUUUUGUUCCGGGGCCGCAGGGCGGGGCCUUCGCCAUCUCCUUUUUUGCUCGCCAGAGCGGCCAUGAUUUCCCAGUUCUUCAUUCUGUCCUCCAAGGGGGACCCUCUCAUCUACAAGGACUUCCGCGGGGACAGUGGCGGCCGCGAUGUAGCCGAGCUCUUCUACCGGAAGCUGACGGGACUGCCUGGAGAUGAGUCCCCGGUUGUCAUGCACCACGGUGAUCGUCAUUUCAUUCACAUCAGGCACAGCGGCCUCUAUUUGGUGGCCACGACUUCAGAAAACGUUUCUCCCUUCAGCCUCCUGGAGCUGCUUUCCCGGCUAGCUACUCUCCUGGGCGAUUACUGUGGCUCCCUGGGAGAGGGGACCAUCUCCCGAAACGUGGCUCUUGUCUAUGAACUCCUGGAUGAAGUGCUGGACUAUGGCUACAUACAGACGACAUCCACAGAGAUGCUGAGGAACUUCAUCCAGACGGAGGCUGUGGUCAGCAAGCCCUUCAGCCUCUUUGACCUCAGCAGUGUUGGCCUGUUUGGGGCAGAGACACAACAGAGCAAAGUGGCCCCCAGCAGUGCAGCCAGCCGCCCCGUCCUGUCCAGCCGCUCUGACCAGAGCCAAAAGAAUGAAGUGUUUCUGGAUGUGGUCGAGAGAUUGUCUGUACUGAUGGCAUCAAAUGGUUCGCUACUGAAGGUGGACGUGCAGGGAGAGAUCCGACUCAAGAGCUUUCUUCCCAGCGGCUCUGAAAUGCGCAUUGGCUUGACAGAAGAAUUUUGUGUGGGCAAGUCAGAACUGAGAGGUUAUGGGCCUGGAAUUCGGGUGGAUGAGGUCUCAUUUCACAGCUCAGUGCGUCUGGAUGAAUUUGAGACUCAUCGAAUCCUCCGCUUGCAGCCGCCUCAGGGUGAGCUGACUGUGAUGCGGUACCAACUCUCAGAUGACCUCCCCUCCCCUCUCCCCUUUCGGCUCUUUCCCUCUGUGCAGUGGGAACGAGGCUUAGGCAGGCUCCAGGUUUAUCUGAAGUUAAGAUGUGACCUGCCCCCAAAGAGCCAAGCUCUCAACGUCAGGGUGCACCUGCCCCUGCCUCGAGGGGUGGUCAGCUUAUCGCAGGAGCUGAGCAGCCCAGAGCAGAAGGCAGAGCUGGGGGAUGGAGCCCUUCACUGGGAUCUGCCUCGGGUGCAGGGGGGCUCUCAGCUCUCAGGCCUUUUCCAGAUGGAUGUGCCAGGCCUCCCUGGACUUACUCGCCAAGGGCCCUCCACCGCAGCCCCUCCUCUGGGACUGGGCCCUGCCAGCCUCUCCUUUGAACUUCCCCGGCACACAUGCUCUGGCCUCCAGGUCCGCUUCCUCAGGCUGGCAUUCAGACCGUGCGGCAACACCAACCCCCACAAGUGGGUGCGACACCUGAGCCACAGCGACGCCUAUGUCAUUCGGAUCUGAGGCUCCCGUACAAGGGCCGGGUGGCAAGCAGUGGUCUGUGGAAUGGGAGGACUGUGCUCUCUUCCAGCCUUCUGGCCUGCAGCUCCAGAUCUGGCUGGAAGGGUCCUGAGUCCUGAGGAUCCUUGUGUGUAACUGACACAGGAAGGACUGAGAUGGAUCAGAACUUACAAACCAAACUUUUAUUCUGAGGAACUGGCUGUACAAUAUCUAAAAAAGUUAACACG